GUUGGUUUCGCAGCACUCUCAACUUUGACCCUUGGUGUGGCGUCUCGCCGAGGUUACCAAGAUGCCGUCCGACACCCCGCUGCAUAAAGCUGCGCACAAUGGCGACAAGGGCGCGGUUCUGCAGAUCUUAGAAGACCCGUCCAUGGAUGUGAAUGCGCCAGGCGCUGCCGACCGCCGCCCGCUGCAUCGCGCAGCCGGGGGCAACCAUGCCGAGUUAUGUUCCAUACUCAUAGAGCGCGGCGCCGAAGUCAACUGCCCCGACAAGAGUGGUCGAACGCCGCUGCAUUGGGCAUGUAUAAGCGGACACAAGGAAGCAGCGAUCGUGCUACUGGAAAAAGGCGCUCAAGUGAACGCCGUGACCACGAGCGGCAUGACGAGUCUCAUGGGUGCGGCGGAGGCAGGCAAGUCGGACGUGGUGCGGCUGUUGAUGGAGCGGAAGGCAGACUCGACGCUCAAGGACAAGGACGGCAAGCUCGCGUUCGACCUGGCCAUGGCCGGCAAGCACAACGCCGUGGUCAAGGCGAUGAAGGAGCUGGGCGACCCCGCGGCGCAGAGUGCUUCGUGUGUGAUUCAAUAGCACCCAACUACCACCAACCUCCUCCUCACCCACUGUAGUAGUCGUACUAACCCCAAUCAAUCUUUAUUCCCAAGUCGGUAUAUACUACUAUGUACUACUACUAGUUGUGAUUUUACAUCCCUACAUAUCCCGCUGGUGCACGAGCUUGCCCUUGACACUGAGCUUGGACGAGUUGCGCGAGCGUCGGCUGCUGCCCUUUUGCUGCUGCUUGGUCAGCGUUUUCUUUACUUGCUUGCGGACAUGUUCAUUGGGCACUUGCGGUGUCGCAGUGAGCGUCACAUCCUCGUCGUCGUCGUCGUC